UCACUGGAGGAGGUGUGGUAAAGACUGAGCAAGGAAGAAGGCAGACUAUAAGAGUUCACACUCAAAGCAAACUGAAUCAGAGCAAAAGUGUUUUCUUUCGAGACAUCGUGUGGACUGCUGAAUGUGUGCACCAGACAAAAAGCAGCAACAGCAAGAACUGCAGCAACCAUGAAGUUUCACACUCUUGUCAUCCUUCUGCUUUUCACUUGCAUGUACCUGAGUUUGGCACAAGGCUCAUACGAUAACUGCUGCCUCGGCUAUGUUGGAGAGAUUGGAAAACGUGCAAAGAAGAACAUUGAGACCUACAGGAUACAAGAAACAGAUGGUGAUUGCAACAUUAGAGCGGUUGUGUUUAUGAUGAAAAGGAAACGCAAUGGAUCAAUGUUAACUCUCUGUGCCAAUCCUGGUGAAAACUGGGUGCAGGUGCUGAUAAGCAAUGUGGAUAGAAAAAUCAAGAAAAGGGCUGCUUAAAGAAGAAACGCCAAAAAGCAGAGAGAAAAUGGGCCGUUUCACCUCCCUGUCAGGCGUUGUUUAUCAUCUUUAAUCACAUGGAUUGUGUUUCAGUUAUUUUUAUAUUUCCUGUUGCUGAGAGAGAGUGUAAAUCACAUAAGCAGUCCUUUAUAAUUUUACUUAUAUGAGCCACUAAUAUGUUACUGUUCACUUCUCUGUGAAGUUUAGAGCCAGCUAAGAAUGGGCUGCUCUUCGGCAGCUUAAAAAUGUGAGUAAACAUGUGUCUGUGACAAAAAAGAAACACCUUAGUGAUAAGCUUAUUUUCCUUUUUAUAUAUACAUUUAUACAACAGACUUUCCUAAUUUUAUAUCUGCAAACUCCAAAAUGUACAUUGUUUUUCCUUCAUCAAAUAAAAAAUGUAUAAAAACAAACAAAA